UUCUCUCCAUCGUUUAUAACGUUUACCAAACCCAUUUUCCAUUUCCAUCUUUCACCAACCAUUUUCUCUCCUCUUUCCACUCCCUCUCUCGGCGGCGGCUCUCCCCUUUGAUCGCCAUGGCUUCCAUUUCCAAGCUCUCCAAUCCCAUCUCCGCUCCCUCUCUCUCCUCCUCUCUCAAACCCAGAUCUUCCCUCUCCAAUUCUUUCAUCGCCCUCCGACCACGUUCCGAUUUCUGCCUCCACGUCGCCGCCUCUCGCUUGGCCGUCCGGCGAGACUCCGAUUUCAGGGCCCCCUUGGUUGUUAGGUGUUCCCAAGGAGAUGGAAAUGGAAUCCCAACCAAGAGAACAGUGCUUCAUGAUCUUUAUGAAAAGGAAGGACAGUCUCCAUGGUACGAUAAUCUCUGCCGCCCUGUCACCGACCUGCUUCCCCUUAUUUCCAAAGGUGUUCGGGGUGUGACGAGCAACCCAGCAAUUUUCCAGAAAGCAAUUUCGUCUUCAAAUGCUUAUAACGAUCAAUUCAGAGAACUCGUUCAGUCGGGAAAAGAUAUUGAAAGUGCAUAUUGGGAACUUGUGGUGAAGGAUAUCCAAGAUGCGUGCAAGCUUUUUGAGCCUAUCUAUGAUCAAACGGAUGGCGGUGAUGGCUACGUUUCAGUCGAAGUGUCUCCAAAACUUGCUGAUGACACCGAAGGAACCGUUGAGGCUGCAAAGUGGCUCCACAAAGUUGUUAGUCGCCCGAAUGUGUACAUAAAGAUCCCUGCUACUGCUGCUUGCAUCCCUUCAAUUAGGGAUACAAUUGCAAAUGGCAUAAGUGUCAAUGUAACUCUCAUAUUCUCCAUUGCUCGAUAUGAGGCAGUCAUUGAUGCUUACUUGGAUGGACUCGAGGCCUCAGGUUUAAACGACCUCUCUAGAGUCACAAGUGUCGCUUCCUUCUUUGUAAGUCGGGUCGACACCCUUAUUGACAAAUUGCUUGAGAAAAUCGGAACGCCGGAGGCCCUUGAUCUGCGGGGGAAGGCUGCAGUUGCUCAAGCCGCACUUGCUUACCAGCUCUACCAGAAGAAGUUCUCUGGCCCAAGAUGGGAAGCUCUGGUGAAGAAGGGUGCAAAGAAGCAAAGGCUGCUCUGGGCAUCUACAAGUGUUAAGAACCCGGCAUACCCCGACACCUUAUACGUCGCCCCACUCAUUGGACCCGACACUGUUUCAACCAUGCCCGACCAAGCUCUUGAAGCAUUCGUUGACCACGGAGCUGUCUCGAGGACCAUCGACUCAAACGUAUCGGAGGCGGAAGGGAUAUACAGUGCACUUGAGAAGCUGGGAAUCGACUGGAACGAAGUCGGGAAUCAGCUCGAAGUGGAAGGAGUGGAUUCUUUCAAGAAGAGCUUUGACAGCCUGCUUAAUACUCUCCAAGACAAGGCCAACUCUCUUAAAUUGGUCAGCCAUUAAACUUCCCAGUUGGAUAUCAAGCUGUGAUGGGGUGGGGACUGGGGUAUGAGAGUUAAUAAAAGAUGGUGGGUUCUUUUUCCUGCUGUAAAAUGUGUUAUUCAGUGUCUUUAAAGACCUUAAUCUUGAAUGUAUUAUAUGUUGGUUAGUGCAAGUUUUUAAUUUUAGGGUUGUGAAAUUUUGGACAAAAAACUUAGUUUGCUCUAAUGGUUUCUUA